AUGUCCACCUCCUCAUCAGAUUCCUCAUCCCUAGUGCAUGUGCUGCCUCCCGACCCCAGUCGCUCUUCUGCUCCCAGUGCCAUAUCAUCUUCUCCCGACCCCAUUGACCUCGACGACGACGCCAACUCGUCAUCCCACGAUACGGACACACAUCUCCACCACCAGAACCGUCGUCUCCUGAGCCCGUCGCCCUUGCUCCUCCCACCACCCAAGUCUCCUUCACCUGGACACGCGACCAGCGACUCUUCCGUGGAUGACCCCCGGCCACGAGACCAACACGCCGAUCCUGCCCACGCUUCUCCGCGCCUGGGCUCCUCCUACUCAUCUUCACUUAACCCGUCUCCUUCCCGUCAGCAACACUCGCCCGUCGCCCCUGUCGCCGACGACAGCAACGACAUAGAGAUGGAGCCGUUGAAAGAGACCGGCCAUCGCCGGCGCAGGAGCAGUCUUAUGCAGAGCGCCGGCUCCAGCAACCACCACCGAACCCCUUCACGAGGCCACAGCGGAAACCUGCUCGAAGAGCCCAAGAUCUCGGAAGAGGACAUGGGCUCAUUGCCGUCUGCCUCCAAAGACAUCGACAACGAUAGCUUUUCCGAUGAGGACCUCCACGACGAUGAGGAGACCGGCUUGACGAAGAAGGACAAGAGGAGAAAGAAGCACAAGAAGCGGAACAACAGGAGGUUAGACCAGAGAAUAGCGCCAGGGGGAGGCGUCACAGCCGAAGAGAAGAAGGAAGCAGACCAAAAUGUCAUCAGGAGGUCAAUGAUCAAUAUCGUGUUAAUCCUGCUGUGGUACCUGUUUUCUCUCAGCAUCUCACUGUACAACAAAUGGAUGUUCGACAAGGACCACCUCAACUUUUCCUUCCCCAUGUUUACGACUGCAUGCCACAUGCUGGUACAAUUCGCCCUCGCCUCUUUGAUAUUGUUUUUGAUCCCCUCCCUGCGCCCGUCGAAUGCGCAGCGCCACUCCGACCUGGGUCGUUCACGGCACGAGUCCGAGCCAGAACGGCCGCUGAUGACGAAGAUGUUCUAUCUGACGCGAAUUGGCCCAUGCGGUGCCGCGACGGGCCUCGAUAUUGGCCUCGGAAACACUUCCCUCAAGUUUAUUACUCUUACGUUCUACACCUUCGUCUUGAUUUUCGCCUUUUUGUUCAGACUCGAGAAGCCGACGUGGCGUCUCGUUGCCAUUAUUGCGACCAUGACGGCCGGUGUGGUGCUCAUGGUCUCCGGAGAGGUCGAGUUCAACCUGGCCGGCUUUAUCCUCGUCAUCUCCGCGGCCUUCUUCUCCGGUUUCCGCUGGGGUUUGACCCAAAUUCUGCUUCUACGUAACCCUGCGACUUCGAAUCCCUUUUCUAGCAUCUUCUUCUUGGCGCCGGUCAUGUUCCUUACCCUGAUCGUCAUCGCCAUCCCUCUCGAGGGCUUCCCCGCUCUCAUCAAGGGUCUCGGGGUGCUCGUGGAGGAAUGGGGUCUCCUCAUGACCCCUCUGUUCCUGCUGUUCCCCGGCUGCAUCGCGUUCCUGAUGACUGCCUCCGAGUUCGCUCUGCUGCAGCGUACCUCCGUCGUCACCCUUUCGAUUGCGGGCAUCUUCAAAGAGGUCGUCACCAUCUCCGCCUCAGCCAUUGUGUUCCACGACCGCCUGACCCCCGUCAACUUUGUCGGUCUCAUCACCACCAUUGGCGCCAUUGUGGCGUACAACUACAUGAAGAUCGUGAAGAUGCGCGAGGACGCCCAGAAGGAAGUCCAGCGCGGCCACAUGGAGGCUGCCGAGUCUUCUGGCUCCAGCGGCAGCGAUAACGACGAUGGCGGUGAGGAGACGGGUCUGCUGCGCAACAGCACCGACUACGAGGACAACCUCGUGACGGCGGAUGGCGACAUCAUGCCGAACCCGAGCCACACGGCGCAGGAGUCGAGGACGGCUCAGGCCCACCGCGACAAUUAG